AAAAUAUACAAAUCAAUCGCAAUGCUUGGCUUCAGGUUGCUUUUAAUUAAAAUCUUAAUAAUUUCGGCUAUUUGUAUAUGCAAAGUGACUAGUACUUAUUCAAUGACGAAUGAUGAGUCAGAUAUUUUACAUGGCGAACAAAAAGAUAAUGAUGAGGUACCCGUUCUCAAAGGAUUUGAGAAUAGUGAACUUUUCCCAAGACCUGGUGUAUGUGGUCCUAUAUCUGCAAAAAUGUUUUUAAACGUUUAUGGCGGCUCUGAGGCAAGCUUGGGUGAUUUUACAUGGCUGGCAAAUUUGGAAUAUAAAACAGAUGACGGAGAUUUGGAAGUGGCCUGUGCUGGGAAUAUCAUUAACAAGCGAUAUAUUCUGACUGCAGCUCACUGUGUGACAGGAGAAAUACUAAUUAAAAAGGGGCAAUUAGUCUCCGUUCGUGUUGGCGAUCAUAACAUCGAUACUGCUAAGGAUUGCAACGAAUAUGUUUGCAUAGAUCCACCUCAAUAUUUGGGCAUUGAAAAGGUAAUCGCUCACGAAAACUAUCGCAAAGUAACGGGCAAAAGAGGUAGUGUGAAUGAUAUUGCUCUGUUGAGAGUUGAUCGGGAUAUAGAAUAUUCUAAGAGUGUGGCACCUGUAUGCCUGCCCAGUGUGGUGCCCACACUAAAACCUUUGGAACCAGGCAUGAAAUUAACGGCCGCCGGUUGGGGCCAUAUAGGAAGUCGUUCAUAUUCUCCUGUUAAAUUAACGGUUAGUUUACCCUAUGUGGCUAAUGAAAAUUGUACCUUGUCGGUAGACGAAAGUCAUCUCUGUGCUGGUGGCAGAUUCCGAGAAGAUACAUGCAGUGGUGAUUCUGGGGGUGGUAUAUUUCGAUUGCACCACCUGGAAUUAUUCCAGGCACCUUUUAUCUGGAUCAUUGAGGGCAUUGUUUCGUAUGGUCGAGGAUGUGGCUUGGAGGAACCUUCAGUCUAUACGCGUGUUACAUCUUUUAUGGAUUGGAUUCAACAAAAUGUUUUGGAAUGAGAAUUUUU